AUGGGUGUCGGACUCCUCAUUGCCGUCGAUCCGGACGCAAUCACCUCAGCGAAUCCAAAAGGUCUUAGUCUUCAAGAAGUUGCUCUGUUCGAAAACUGCCUCAUACAGGCCACGCCUGAGAAUUUACAGUCGCGACUCAAUUUCUUGCGCGAAAACUUUGCAACUCUCGCCGUCUAUAUUGACGUGCGACAACUGAAAGCAUGGAACGAUGUUGUCGAGGUGCUCAACUCCGGCGCAUCCAAAAUCUUUGUCACAUUCGAGCAGCUCAAAGCCCUGUCUCAAGAUGACACUAUUUCACCCUCUCGUCUCGUCCUCACCAUUUCUCCCUUGAAGCCCAAGACCGAUAUUGCGAAACUCAAGACCUUUAUCGAGGCCAACCCGAAAUGGAAGACCGCAGAGUGGGCGUUUGAUGGAGAUCAAGGCAAUACAUACAUUGACGGCGUGCUGCAAGAGCUGGACAACUACCCUCCUCAUGCCGAUCAGACACUGUACGUCUCUACGACCAGUGAAUCUGCUGGUCAGGACCUGCUGGCACAGUACCCUGGUAAUGCUCUCAUUGUCUCCUCAGAACGCCUCACCCUUGACUCGUCGAAAGAAGGCCAUGCGGACCUGAUACCUGUCACCGAUCUCUUCCUAGCUGGAGCUGUUGCUGACCGCAAGACGGGACUUUUCACGACCAGUGUCGUCGAUGAGCGUGGGGUAGCCUUGGGGUUGGUCUACAGUAGCAAGGAGAGCAUUAUUGAGGCGCUCAGAACUCGCAAAGGUGUCUACCAGAGCCGCAAACGUGGACUUUGGCACAAGGGUGCGUCGAGUGGGGACACCCAAGAACUUAUCAGUGUAUCGUUCGAUUGCGACAAGGACUGUUUGCUCUUCAGAGUGAGGCAGCAGGGCAGGGGUUUCUGUCAUUUGGCUACAAUGUCCUGCUGGGGUCCUGUAUCUGGUCUAUCCCGCCUUCAGCGAACACUGCAAGAGCGGAAAAAGGAUGCCCCCGUGGGCUCUUACACCGCUCGGCUCUUCAACGAUUCCAAAUUGGUCAACGCUAAGAUCAAGGAAGAGGCAGACGAGCUUUGUGAAGCCACUUCCAAAGCAGAAAUUGCCUCCGAGGCCGCUGACUUGCUCUACUUUGCCCUUGCUCGCUGCAUUGCUGCAGAUGUCACCCUUGAGGACAUUGAGAAGAACCUCGACCUGAAGAGCUUGAAGGUAAAGCGAAGGAAGGGAGACGCGAAGCCCCAGUACGUCGACGAAACACCGCCACCGGAGCCCGCAAAUGGCGUCAACGGCGACAGCAAGCCUCAAGACGAAGAUGUCAAAGAGGCAGCUUCGGUCCCCAAGACGCCCUCUGAUCCAGCUGGUACGAACGACGCGGGCAAAAUCCAACUCAAGCGCUUCUCCACAUCGCAAGCAUUCUCAGACGACGUUUUGAAGUCCGCUCUACAGCGGCCGUCCCAAAGAUCCAAUGAGAAGAUCAUGGGUCUUGUCAAUCCGAUCAUUGACGAUGUCCGCUCGAAAGGUGACUCUGCGGUCCUGAAGUAUACCCACAAAUUCGAGAAAGCAACCUCGUUGAAAUCGCCUGUUUUGAAGGCGCCAUUCCCCAAGUCACUCAUGCAGCUUCCACCAGAGACCAUCACCGCCAUCAACACCUCAUACGACAACAUUCUCAAGUUCCACUCCGCCCAGAAAGAGACAGCUCCGCUCUCGGUCUCAACGAUGUCCGGCGUGACAUGCUCACGCUUCUCACGGCCUAUCGAGAAGGUCGGGCUCUAUAUUCCGGGCGGUACCGCCGUUCUGCCGUCUACUGCACUUAUGCUGGGAGUGCCUGCCAUGGCUGCGGGUUGCAAGAACAUCAUCCUCGCGUCACCGCCACGAUCAGAUGGAACCCUUACACCAGAAAUCGUUUACAUCGCAGACAAGGUUGGAGCUGAGGCGAUCGUCCUAGCUGGUGGGGCGCAAGCCGUAGCAGCCAUGGCAUAUGGCACUGAGUCUAUAACUAAGGUGGACAAGAUUCUUGGACCAGGAAAUCAGUUUGUGACGGCCGCCAAGAUGAUCGUUUCGAACGACACCACGGCUGCUGUCUCAAUCGACAUGCCCGCUGGACCUUCAGAAGUACUGGUCAUCGCUGACGAAACCGCGCAACCCGCGUUUGUCGCCUCGGACCUCUUGUCACAAGCCGAGCAUGGAACCGAUAGCCAAGUCGUACUCAUCGCCGUUGACCUGUCCGAAGCUCAAUUGCAAGCUAUCGAGGAUGAAGUGCACCGUCAAGCCUUUGCUCUGCCACGCGUCGAUAUUGUCCGUGGAGCGAUCGAGCAUAGCGUGACCAUCUCCGUGUCCUCACUGUCGGAGGCACUUAAGUGGAGCAAUUACUAUGCUCCUGAGCACUUGAUCCUGCAGAUCGCUGAACCCAAAGCAGCUCUGCCAGAAAUUCAGAAUGCUGGUAGCGUGUUCCUUGGCAAAUGGACACCCGAGAGUGUCGGCGACUACUCUGCCGGCGUGAAUCACAGCCUGCCCACUUACGGAUACGCCAGGCAAUACUCCGGGGUGAAUCUUGCCAGCUUCAUGAAGCAUAUCACCAGCAGCGAAGUCAGCGAGGAAGGCGUUGCGAGCGUGGGCUCUGCGGUCGUGGAACUGGCGCGGGUCGAAGGCCUUGAAGCGCACAAACGAGCGAUGGAAUUGAGAAUGGAGGUGCUUGGACUGAGGGAGAAGACGUUUUUGAGCGACGAAACUGGCUUGCGGAAGCUCGCGGACGUCAAAGGGGCGGUCCAGCAACCGGUGAAGGAGAAGGAAAAUGGGGUGGAAGCAGAGACCAAGGCGGAGACUGGCGACACACCCCCAACCGUCGAUGCUGCCAGCUCUGGGGGAGCCUGA